UUACAAAAACGUUCGCAAACGGUUCAAACGUGUGUACACGUUGUACUUAUUUUGAUAUAACGUUCCAGUCGUCGCUAAACUCUGUGACUUUGUUUAUUUUUGUUCUUCGAUUGAAAUACAGUCUCUCGAAAGCGAUCGUGUGUGCGUAACGUAACCACCGUAUUUACGUUUCGGAAUUUUUGGUGGUUUUUCGGUUUUGUUUUUGUUAUUCUUUGUGUCCAUUGGCAGUGGAUUUAAAUCGAACACAAUUCUAUACCAGCAGCGGAGAGUACGAGAGUGUUUUUACUAUAGUAAAAUAGAAAGAAAGACAGUCAUCCAUCAUUUAACAACAAACUAUAAACCGUACACGAAGCGACAGAUCGUUAAUUCAAUUCUAAAUUCGAAGUAGAAAAAGGCAAACGAUUCAACAGUUACACAAUGAACAUAGAAAUAUCGCAACUGAAAAUGUCUGACGAUCAGGCCGAUGCAUCGGGAAAGUAUGGAAUGGAUGGAAGAAGACCACAGGGUGCAGCUAAAUACUGGCCAGCGAUAUUCAAGUCGAUCGAAUUGCUCAUUUGCAUCCUAUGCAUUGGUCUAAUCGAUGAGCCUGCUACCAACUCCCGUAUACGAGUAUUCGUAUCACAACGCACAGUUGCAUUGGCCUAUUCAACAUUUGCCAGUUACCUGAUCAUAUCGGCGGCUUAUCUGUUCGGAAAAUUGGUCAAAGAUCACUGGCCAUGGAAGACAACAGCGGCUUUAUCGUUGAUCGGUUUCAUUUUGUAUGCCGCAUGUGCAGCUACCCUGUUAAAGGAUUGGGUUGAGACAAAGGAACGGAAUUAUUGGCCACCGAAUACACAGAGACAUAGAAGCUGUAGAUUACUUUAUCCGAAAGUGCAUAACAGUUCAAACAUGUUGGACUUGGUCUGUGCAACAGGAUUCAUAUGCGUCAUCGGAGCGAUUGUGUUUUUAAUCGAAUUGAUUGCAGUUGCACGAUCUGGUUCGCGUGGCGAUUUGGGCGAUUAGAUUUUAAAGAGGGAAUGGAUCAAUGUGGGAGCUGAUUUAAUCGAACCACACGACAAAAGACAAAGCUAAUAAAAGUUCACAUUUCUUAAAGAUUCUUUACACCAAAAUAUAAAAUUGUUGAUUUAUAAUCGGAGAGCGUUAAAUGUUAAGUUCAAAGUUUGUUUUUUAAGAAAGAAAAUUGUUAGUUUAAGGGCCACAUCAUUUACAAAUAACUAAUCCGUCCAAAUGUUAUAUGACAAAAUUAGUUAAAUAUUGGAACGACAUUCAUUUACCAACACUAAUACGGUGCAGUCGAUCAAUACGAUGAGAAUUCACUUAAAAUAUUCAUAUCAAUCACAUUAGCAAAUUUAAUUUAAUUCUUUUUUUGGUUUGUUGAAACCAUUUCUUCAAUUAAAAAUUACAAAUUGGAUCUGAGUCACAUUCGAAACAUUCCUCACCACCUACACUGUUCGUAGACCGUUCAAUUAUUCAUUCACAUUAUUUUCUUCGAUCAUUCCUUGGAUAAGUAAACACAAAACUUUUUUUUAUUUCUAUUUUAAUGUUAAGAACGGGCCAUUUUCAAUCAGGCGAUUUUUAAUGUAUAAAAAUGAGAAAAGAGAAAAUUUAUUGAAAAUAAAAAUUUUAAGUACAAAUAA